AUGGCUUCCCUUGCGACGGCGGCUCGUCUUUCUGCGAGGGUUGCUGGCCGGAGAAUACCCGCAGAGUCCACAGCUCGAGGCUUCCGGACUUCAGCACGAUGCCUCGCGGCCCAGAACUUCUCCAUGCCCGCCCUCUCCCCGACCAUGACGGAGGGCAGCAUCGCCAGUUGGAAGGUCAAGGAGGGCGAAUCCUUCUCCGCCGGCGACGUGCUCCUCGAGAUCGAGACGGACAAGGCUACCAUGGACGUCGAGGCCCAGGACGACGGCGUCAUGUUCAAGAUCACCACCGGCGACGGCGCCAAGGCCGUCCAGGUCGGCACCCGUAUCGCCGUCAUCGCCGAACCCGGUGACGACCUCUCCUCUCUCGAGGUUCCCGCCGAAGACAACACCUCCUCUUCGAAGCCCGCCCCGGCCGCCGAGAAGUCGGCACCCAAGAGCGACGGCCCCGCGGCGGCAUCGGCUCCCGCGCAGCAAAAGGGUGGCGCGGCCAAGACCUCCGGUUCCAAGGCCCGCGAGCAGCGAUACCCCCUCCUCCCCUCCGUCCAGGCCCUCGUCAACGGCCACGGCCUCGGCAAGGACGCCGUCAACCAGAUCGAGCCCACGGGCCCCAACGGCCGCCUCCUCAAGGGCGACGUCCUCGCCUACCUGGGCACCAUCAACGCCGAAACCCCCUCCAAGAUUAUGAACCGCGCCGUCAAGAUGUCCCACCUCGACCUAAGCAACAUCAAGGUCGCGCCCAAGAAGGAGGCCACGGCACCCAAGAAGGCCGAGGCCGCCGCCGCCGCGCCCGCCGCCCCCGUCGACUCCGAGGUCGCCCUCCCCGUCUCCCUCGCAAAGGUCCUCGAGGCCCAGAAGCGCAUCCAGUCCACCCUCGGCGUCUUCAUGCCCGUCUCCACCUUUGUCGCCCGCGCCGCCGAGGUCGCCAACGACGACCUGCCCCCCUCGGCCCGCAAGGCCACCGCCGACGAGCUCUUCAACCAGGUCCUCGGCCUCGACAAGCUGGCGCCCCGCGGCUCCCGCGGAUACUACCUGCCCCAGAUCUCCGCCCUGCCCGAGUCUUCGCUCCUGGCGCCCCGCGCGUCCAAGAGAUCGUCCUCGGCUGAUAUCAUCGACUUCCUCGCCGCGCCCGCCAAGAAGGCCGUCCCCGCUAAGAAGCCGGUCGCUGCUCACCACACCCCUGGCAUGUCGUCCGGAAGCAACCUGUUCACCGUGACGGUGCCGCAGGGCGAUGAGAAACGCGCCAAGGUGUUUUUGGAGAGGGUCAAGGUGAUUUUGGAGGAGGAGCCUGGCAGACUUGUUCUGUGA